GCAAUAACAGUAUUAACCCCUAUCCACAUGCCAACGGCGUUCAUAAAGAGAACGGUCAUGAUUCAACCGGGCAGCGUUCUCAACCACCUUCUCCAACAACCACAAGACCUCCCCAAUUAGAAAGUCAAUCCCCCAAAAUUUCCCAAACGCCUUCCAUUCGAAAAAAAGGUGUUAAGGACUUUGAUUUCGGUAGGACACUUGGCGAGGGUUCUUACUCCACGGUCGUGUCUGCAAGGGACCGUACUACGGGACGUGAAUAUGCCAUAAAAAUUCUUGACAAAAAACACAUUAUUAAAGAGAAAAAAGUCAAAUAUGUUAACAUAGAGAAGAAUACACUUAAUAAGAUGAAUCAUCCAGGGAUCGAAAAGAGAAUCAGGAUGCGAACAGUAAACAAUUUGAUCACAAGGCAUUAUUCCAUCUUAACACACACGUUUUCGCUAAUAGAUUUUGUUUUGGAUCACGCUAAAAAUGGUGAACUUCUUACAUUCAUAAAGAAACUCGGUUCUUUUGAUCUCAAUUGCACACGAUUUUAUGCUGCCCAAAUUCUGUCAGCCAUAGUGUAUAUGCACUCUCAGGGGAGAUUUGAAACCGGAAAAGUAAAUACCAUUCUGAUGUGUCAACCGCCGACUUAUUGUAAAGAAAUUACAUAUUCUAAAUUGCAUGUCAAGGUUACCGAUUUCGGUACUGCAAAAAUACUGGAGUCUAAUGCUGACGGUGAAGAAGAUGAUCGUGCGAAUUCAUUUGUUGGUACUGCGGAAUACGUAAGUCCUGAAUUACUGAAAGAAAAGGCGGCCUGCAAAAGUUCGGAUUUUUGGGCAUUGGGCUGUAUCAUCUAUCAAUUAAUAGCGGGACGCCCACCGUUCAAAGGAAGCAAUGAAUACAUGACUUUUCAAAAAAUUGUCAAUCUAGAAUACACAUUUCCCGAAGGAUUUCCGCCUACUGCAAAAGAUUUAGUCCAGAAAUUACUAGUUUUGAAUCCAUCCGAACGACUGGGAGCAGGCGGUAGAGCUGGUAUUACUAGAUUGAAGAGUCAUCCUUUCUUUGAAGGAAUAGAAUGGGAUAAAAUAUGGGAAUUACCAGCACCGGAUCUAUUACCUUAUCUACCCCCAACUCCCCAACACAAUAAGGAAGAGCUUCGUACAACCGCAACUACAUAUUUGCGUGAGAUAUCUGAUCACGUUGGAGAGAAUGGCAACAGUCCAAUCGCUACUGGUCUUAAACAAAGUGAUCUAUUUGAAUUAGAUGGUCGGACAAGUAGCGAAGAUCCUGAUAAGAUGGAUCCGGAAAAAGUCAAAAAGUUAGAAGAACAAAAAAAAACAUCCGCACAAUGGGUCUCGUUUCUACAUAAAUCCGAACUUAUUAUUCGUUCGGGUACAAUCAAUAAACGAAAGGGCUUUUUCACCAAAAAGCGCCUACUAAUCUUGACAGAUCUUCCUAGGUUAAUAUACGUCGAUCAAGAAAAGAUGACACAAAAAGGAGAAAUAUACUGGAGUUCGCGAAUGGUGGUAGAAUUGAAGAACAAAAAAACUUUUUUCAUCCACACGCCACGGAAAACUUACUACUUCGACGACCCAAAUGCUACAGCGAGCGAGUGGGUGAACAAAAUAAAUGAACUUCUAGCGGCAAACUACGGAGAGACGCUCUGA